AACCGUAGUAUAAUAUUACGGAAAUUACGGAAUCAGGUUUUCUAGUUUAGUGGCUAGCUAGAUAAACAAACAUAUUUUGAUACAUUUGUAUAUUUUGUUUUUAUCACGAUACAUUUUAUUGCCGAUUUCAUAAAUUACAAACUCUAGCUAUAUGACUCAGUGCUAUUAUGUUCAAAUAGUUAGUGUUCACAGCUUCUGUUUCCCUUAACAUUUGCUAGCUACCGUUCUCGUAGCCUGAUAGUGAUACAGCUACUCUAGCGUUGCGUUAGUUCAUGCUUAACUUUACUUUGAGAACGAGGGAGCAACAGGGACAUGGCGUGCAGUGGUCGCAGGGUUAGCUAGCCAACUUGGUUUUUAAGUUAGUAGCAGAACACCAUCUGCCCAGCUGUAAAAAAAUAAAAAAAAGCGUGGACUUCUAAGACCGGGGAUUGAGAAUUUCAUACAUCCUAGACUGGAAUUGAACUCACGGUCGUCAUGGCUUGGGCUCUGAAAUUACCCCUUACGGACGAGGUCAUUGAAUCCGGCCUGGUCCAGGACUUUGAUGCCAGUCUCUCUGGCAUUGGACAGGAACUUGGUGCUGGGGCGUACAGUAUGAGUGAUGUGCUGGCCCUCCCCAUCUUCAAGCAGGAGGAGUCCAACCUGCCACCUGACAGUGAGAACAAGAUUCUUCCUUUCCAGUAUGUUCUGUGCGCAGCUACCUCACCUGCCAUCAAACUGCAUGACGAAACGCUUACCUACCUCAACCAAGGGCAGUCUUAUGAAAUUCGAAUGCUUGACAAUCGGAAAAUGGGGGAACUCCCAGAAAUCACUGGCAAAAUGGUGAAGAGCAUCAUCCGAGUGGUCUUCCAUGACCGCCGUCUUCAGUACACAGAGCACCAGCAGCUGGAGGGUUGGCGAUGGAACAGGCCUGGAGACCGCAUCCUUGACCUGGAUAUCCCCAUGUCAGUUGGUAUGGUCGACCCCAGGGCUAACCCUACUCAGCUUAACACUGUGGAGUUCCUCUGGGACCCGUCAAAAAGAACUUCCGUUUUUAUCCAGGUUCACUGCAUCAGCACUGAGUUCACCAUGCGGAAGCACGGCGGAGAGAAGGGUGUGCCUUUCCGCAUCCAGAUCGACACUUUCAAAGAGAACGAUGGUGGAGAGUAUACAGAGCACCUGCAUUCUGCCAGCUGUCAGGUGAAGGUCUUCAAGCCUAAAGGUGCAGACCGGAAGCAGAAGACGGACAGAGAGAAAAUGGAGAAGAGGGCUCCUCAGGAGAAGGAGAAAUACCAGCCCUCAUAUGAAACCACCAUCCUGACCGAGUGCUCUCCCUGGCCAGAGGUCACCUAUGUCAAUAACUCUCCUUCGCCAGGCUUCAACAGCUCACACAACAGUUUUCCAGUGGCAGAGGGAAAUGGAUCCCCCAGUCAUCAGCCAGAGCCUGUGGUUCAGGUGGCAGAUAUUGAAAGCUGUCUGACUGAUACAAUUUUGUCGUCCCAUCUACUUACAAGAGACAGUGAAAGUAUCCAUCAGAACCUGUUACCCACGGCAACACCACAGGAUGCACAGCAGUGGCUCCAUAGAAACCGCUUUUCACCGUUCUGUCGUCUCUUCACAAAUUUUUCAGGGGCAGAUCUGUUAAAGCUGACCAGGGAAGAUGUCAUUCAGAUCUGUGGGCCAGCAGAUGGUAUAAGGCUCUUCAAUGCAUUGAAAGGGCGGGUGGUCCGUCCCAGGCUGACGGUGUAUGUGUGCCAGGAAUCCCAGCAGGCUCGCGAACAGCAGCAGAAACAUGAAAACGGAGACACAGCUAGUAACACUUUUUUCGUGUACCACGCCAUCUACCUUGAAGACUUGACAGCAGUGGAGCUGACAGAGAAGAUUGCUCAGCUAUUCAACAUCUCACCCAGACAGAUUAGUCAGAUUUUUAAACAGGGGCCCACUGGUAUACAUGUCCUGGUCAGUGAUGAGAUGAUCCAAAACUUCCAGGAUGAAGUGUGCUUUGUUUUGGACACAAUGAAAGGAUCUGAUACUUUAUCAACAGCCGAGACGAACGACGGCUAUCACAUCAUCCUGAAAUGAAGACCGUCUGAGGCAUUGCCUGGAACCUGCUCUCUCCUUUAGGCCCAACCCUCAAAGCCACUGUAGAGGCUCAGCCCCUGAUGUUCCUGGGCCGUGCUCAAGGUGACCUGAUCGUUAAUCCUAGCGAAUCUCUGGAGCCCCCCUGCCAUGGGGACUGUUUGGCUGAAGCACCGUGCCCAUCCUUGAUACCUUAUUGUCUUAUUUUAAAGGAGUGACUGUCUUUUUGAGCUGCCAUAUUGAAGCAACAAUUUCCAGUCUCCUUCCCAGCUAGAAACUCUGCAUUUCCCUGCUUUGCUGGUCAUCUGUUUGAAAGAGAACAAGGGUGGGGGGGACCAGGCUGUGAUUAGUGCAUCAGAGCAUGCUUUGUGCUAAAGCUCUAUGCUUUGGAAUCAAUAAGUUGUCCUGUUUUUAGAAUUGACUUACAAGAGGAAGCCACAAAAAACGAGAUGCUGAGCGCUAAUACAGGGCACCUAUAUUAUGGUCUCUGUCUCUUACUAGUGCUAUGUUGCCUUCCUGGACACUAAGAAGCUUGUUGGUGAGGACUGUGGUUAUGGCUACGAAUAAGCUACGGCGACACAGCUUGCACAUGAAAGCGAAAUGUAAUAGGAAGUCAUGUCAUAAUGGAUGAGAAAGGGACACCUGCAGCAUCCUUGAUACCCCCUAUGUCAUAUCCAAGUAAAGGAUGUGCUCUUAUGAACGCCUAUAACCUGUCAAGUUGUUCCUGUGCCCUCUUACUUGUAGACAAUAUCUGUGCAUUUUCCAAAAUUGUUUAGUCCAUCUCGGUAUACUGUUAUGUUCAUUAUGAUUGGCCACCCAGAACCACCCUCCUCAUACAUUAAUCUGAUUGACGCAGUCUUUAUUAUUGACUACAGACAGUGGGAACACCAGCAUCAGUCUUUAUAAGUGACUACAGACAGUGGAAACACCAGCAUCAGUCUGAUGUGCCUGCUAUUUUGAGUGGUUUUUAAAAGCAUGAAUUGUGAAUCAUGUUUUACUUUGGCUGUUUUAUAAACUUUUUAACUGAUGUGUUCCUACCUUGUUUAGAGAAAAGCACUCUUAGCAUUGUUUUUGGAUAGUACCACUUCCAAAUACUAAUAGUUGAUUGUUUGUGGUAUGCCAAAAAUGCAUGUGGAAAGUUGGAGUUGGUUCCCAUUCAAUCAAGUUCUACUAAACACUUUCAGAAUAUGGAUGGCUUGAUGUUUAAGUGUUGUCUCGCCCAAAUCCUCAGAAAGAUUAAACUACUUGUCUAUAAAUUGACUGGUUGUAUUUUUCUGUCAUUCUUAGUUUUUGAGGGACACCCCUGGAGGGAAAAAACAAUGGUGUAGUCAUUGUUUUCAUUAUUCUGCAAGAUUUUGUGUUCUGGAAGCAGUUUGACUCCUUCCACCUGUAGAUAAUUCCAGUUAAAGAUGCACUGUGGGAUCUUAAAGCGUAACUAUCGUGAAACCAACUUCUUGGAAACAGCUUAAGUCACAAAGUAAGUCUGGUUGAGUUUUUGGGGGGAUUUUUGGAACAAAUCUCCAAUUUACCAGGUAAACCACCCUGUUCAUGAAAAUUGAUAACUCCUAUAGACAACUGAGUCAUGUGGCAGUGAGGCAAACAUGAAGGAAUUCAGUUUAUUCUUGAUUGAAUGUAAUAAUGGGCAAAAUGAGUGACCUAAGCAACAUUUGACUGCAGAAUUGUCGCCAAUUCCAGUGUUUCAAACAGUUGCUAUUUUGAGCUCUUCUCACAAUACGGUGUCUUGGGCUUACUGAAAAUUGUGAUAUAAACAGCAAGGGGAUGUACCAGGCUAUGCUCAAAUCCUACAUCGCUGCCCCUGCCCUCCCUGCCUUUUGAGAAGUAAUGCUUGCACUUUUUCUUUCUUUUUUCUGGCACAAUGUGGAUAACUACUUAAUUUGCUAAAUCUAAUUAGUAUUACUAUUGCAUCCUGUCUGUGUCCCUACUAGUGAUCUGAAGGUGAAUACACUAACUGUAAAUUGUUCUACUUAAAAAUGUCUGCUAAAUUACUAUUUUAAAAUGUACCUAAUAAACUGGCCACUGUUAGUAUA